AUGAGCGGAGGUUUCGAUCGGGCGGUGAUCUUCUGGGACAUUGCCACUGGGAAGCAGCUGAGGAAGGUGGGAGGUUUGACCGUAGUCAACGGGACUCAGGUCGCAUCCUUCCUCGGGCACAAGGAUGUUGUUACGACUGUUGCAUUGUACGAGAUCCCCGAUGCGGGCAGUGUGGUGCAGCGAGGCGUGUCCUGUUCGGAUGAUAUGAGCUGCAGGAUCUAUGACCUAACGGACUCCUUCGGGAACGAGCUUGCGUGUCUCGGCCCAGCGAGUGCAGGCUGCAAUCCGGCGCUGAAGACGGCUCAUACUGGCCCCAUCACUUCCAUAACGAUCUUGAACGUCCCUGAGAGAAGGCUGCUGAUCACCGGGUCUGAAGACAAGCUCAUCAUGAUAUGGGACCUGCUGACUUACGAGCGUCUCCGAGUGCUCACUGGGCACAUCGACCAACCAGUGGUCAAAGUAGGCCUGACCCCCGAUGGCUCGCGCAUCGUGACAGCGUCAGAGGAUGGCAAGGCAGCAACCUGGAGCUCGCUCACAGGAGAGCUG